AAUAAAUGUGAAUGAAAGCGCAUCUGACUGUGUGAUCUUAGUUUUCGAAAAGAUUUAUGAAAAUAUAGUGCAGUGUUUAAUGAAAACUUUUAAACCAAUAUUGCGCAAUAGUAAAGCGAAUGAAACCGUAAUAAAUUUCACUGUGAGAUCUCCUUCCAACGAGGGGAAUGUUAUGGACUGUCUGAUAGAAUGCAGUCCGUACUUGUUUAUGGACGAUUUUUAACUCGUGCUCUACUUAAUGGAGUGUAUAAUUAUUCCAGCAGCACUGAAGCAGCUGUAAAUAGGAAAAGAGAAAGAGAUUUCAGACUUUUAACAGCAGCUUGUGGUUUUCCUAAAGUUUCUUCACGAUUUUCGGCACGGCUAAGUAGAGGACGCUAUGGGGACGAUGCAAGUUUUUUUGCAAGGUAUAAAACAGCUGAUGUAUUAGGUGUAGCUGAUGGUGUUGGAGGGUGGAGAGACUAUGGGUUUGAUCCUUCACGGUUUUCAUACAGUUUGAUGGAAACUUGUGAAAGACUUGUUGUGACUGGACGUUUUAAUCCAAGAAGUCCUGGAAAUCUUAUAGCUAAUAGUUAUUAUGAACUAAAAGAAAAUAAGGAUCAGAUAGUAGGUAGUAGUACAGCAUGUGUUGUUGUCUUAAAUAGAACAGAUCAGAUGUUGUAUACUGCUAAUAUCGGUGAUAGUGGCUUCUUGGUUAUGCGUAAUGGUGAAGUGGUACAUAGAUCAGAAGAACAGCAGCACACUUUUAACACUCCAUUUCAACUUUGUUUACCUCCAGCUAAUAUUACCGGUGUUCAUAGUGACAGUCCUGAAUCAGCAGACACUUCUUCAGUGCCAAUAGAAGAAGGAGAUCUUAUUUUAUUAGCAACAGAUGGCUUAUUUGACAAUCUUCCCGAAUCUGUCAUCGUGCAACAGUUAGCAAAUCUCAGAGAUCCCAAUUUGGAUAAUAUGCAGAAUAUGGUGAAUACUCUUGCAUUUCUGGCACAUCGUUUAGCAUUUGAUGCGAACUACCUGUCACCAUUUGCCAAACGGGCUUGGGAAAAUGGAAUAAACAUAUUAGGGGGUAAACCUGAUGAUGUUACUGUACUGUUGGCUGCUGUUACUAAUCUGUUUAAUGAAAGUGCUCCUAUACCUGCGGUUAUUGCCCAGCGUAGUUGUUCUGACCAUGGAUGAUAAUUAUGAAAGCUUAAAAACUUUUUUCUUUCUUUUAAAUUAAUCGUAAUGUAGGUAAAUGGUAUUUCAGAUUGAAGAUAUGCUAGGAAAAUACUUUUGGACACUAGACAGUAAUGAAAGUAUUAGUAGAAUAAAUGAAGAGCUACUUUUUAUUAUUAUUGAGAUUUUCAUAGCAUCUGUUAGAUGUAUGUUUUAUUAAUUUUAUCAAUGUAUUUAAUUUUCUUUUAUUACUACCUGCCUUUUCUCACAAAACUGAAAGCAAAAUGUCUUAAUAUAAUCAGGUUUCAAAAUGUUUAUUAUUUUGACAACAGAGUACUGCAAAAGCAAUAAUAGAAAAUAUUGCCAUUAUCAACUUUAAUAAUCUUAACUCACUGUAGUAAAUUUAAAUCUUUAAACAUGCAUAUUGGCAUUUUUACUUUCCCAGUAAAUUUAAUAAAUCUUUUGUUUUAUUGAUUGCAUCUCCCUGUGAAGACUUUACUUAAGUUUAGUAUUAUAUAUAGGGUAGUAAUUUUUUUGCAGGGUCAAUCGUAGUUAAGUAGUAAAAUGUCGCAAAAUAUUCAUAGUGUACUAAUAGUUUUAUGUUAAAGAAUUUACAUUAAUAUUUCCUAAUCAAGUACUAGAGAUGAAGCAGUAAUACAAGGAACUAACAGUAAUAAGCCUUAUAUAUGCUAAUGUUUGUAAAGAAGCAUUAUAUUUUUAGACAAUUACUUGUAUAUAUUAACUUGUAAAAUUCUGGCAGUAUUAAAAUGCCGUUAUGCAAGAUCAGUUUUACCUUUAAGUGGACAAUGUGUUCACACAUUAUAUCAUACCCAGACAAAUUUUUCUUUCACGUUAUAACAGAUUUAUAAUUUUAGGAAAGAACUGUUGAGCUGCGACAGUGUUUGUGGUUCCAUUCACCCCAAAAUACUUAGAGGUCCGUGGAAUUACAGUUUUAUAUGAUAAAAACUCACAUUUUAGUUAAUCAUAAUUUUAAACAUAUGAAGGCUUUAUUAACUAAAAUUUUUAAAAAAAUUAAUAAUUUUAUUGACAAAUAAUGAUUGUGGAAAAACUGAAAUUUGGCAGGUGUUUAUUUGAAAUUCAUGAAAUUUCAAAAAUAUUUAAUUAUUGUUAAAUUCUUAAUGUGAUAAAAAUUAUUGCACAUCAGUGAUACGAGACUUGCUAUACCAUUAUAUGCCAAAUUUUAAAAUCAUUAGCAUUUCUACAAGUCUCAUUAAUUUUCAGAAAGGCUUAUUUUUAAUGUAUUUUUAUUGUGUGUGAUGUGAAGCGAGUAUAUUACAUGAGUUCAUUGGGAAGGACCCUCAAAUUUUAAAUAUGUAUACACAUUAAAUGUAGUGAAAUGGUUCAAAUGUUAAUAUGGUAAAUGUCAUCCAUCUAACCUUAGAUUAAGAUAUUUACUGUAUUUGUCCUGGGGGAAUGAAUCAUAUUCCAAACAAUCAGGUUGUCUUCAGUGCAAAAUCACCUUUUACAUGCAAAUCAGUUGUCUAAUUAUGAAACAGUUUUAAAAAUGACCAUUAACAGUGUAUCAAACCUGCCAAUUUUGUGCGGGAAAAAUCAGAAAAAUAUAUUCAGUGUAUUUUUUAAUAGAAACUGAUGCAAAUCCAACUAAUUUGAAAAAGUUGUAUGAAAAUGGGAAUUUAGGCCAAUGAAAUUUCACAUAUGUACUCCUUCCUGUUUCUGCUAAAAUUUUUGAAAAAUAUUGUUUUAUAAAAUUCUUUAUUUAAAUAACUUUUUAAAAUUUUACACGAUAUUCUUAGCAUGUUUAAAAUUGCUGGAUUUUGAAUUGAAGACAGUUUAAAACAAGAGAGCUUAUCUUCAUGUAAUUUUUUUUAACAAUCUAAUUUGUGUAUGUUUUUGCUCUUGGAAUACAUGGAAUUGUAGCUAUUUCUUCAGAUAAAUAUACAAUUGGGGACAUUAACUGCAGUUAACUCAAAAUAAUGGUUAAUUGGAGGGUGUUCAAAAAAUUGCAGGAAUGAGGAAUACUCCAUAUUUAUCAAUAUAAAAAUAUUACCAACAAUUUACCUGUACUUUUAAGCAGAUUUAUAAGUUCAUUUGACUAUGAAAAUUAAAUCAAUAUUUAAAACAAAGAGGAAAAGAGUGAAACUCUUCUGUUUAUCAUUAGAAAUCAGUUGCUAUCUUCUUAAAUUAUAAGUGGCAUUAAAGAACAAUGCACUGCAAAGUCCGAGAUUCAGAAUCAUUGAGACUGCUUUUGGAAAUUUCCAGAUUCUAGAUCAUCAGAAUCUAUGAUGAUAUGUAGAAAUUAUAAAAUUGAAAACAUAAAAUAGUUGUUCAAUAAUAUAGUCAAAAUAAUGAAGCAUUUAUUAUUUCAUAGAAGCCUUUUUAUUAUCAGAUUUUACGGGAGUCAAAAUUUGCAAAAAGAAAGGUAAAUAUUUUUUAUUAAACAUUUCUUUCAACAUAAGUUUUCAUUUUUUGUGUUACUACUUUCUGUGUAGUUUUUUAUAUAGACAUAAUUUCUUGUUCAUUUUCAAAAUUCCAUCAUUCAAAUCCUGUAAUUGUGUUAAAAAUUUCCACUAAACUAUAUCAAUCGAGUUGUUUAUUCUCAGUGACCUUAUAGUGUCUUUUUUUCACCAUCAUUAGUGAAAUUAUCUGAUUUAAAACCAUACUACAGAUUUUGCAGUCCAUUAUUUGAUUGCUAUUUGGAACAUUGUCAUUACAAUAGGAAACUUCUGUUAUAUAACCUGCAUUUAUUAUCACUUCUCCACAAAUUCUAUUAAAUGGAAAAUUUUGCCUUCUAUAACAUUUAAAAUUUAUGACAAAACAAAGUUGUUGUUUUGCCUAAUUUUGCAAUCGCACUUUUUUAAGCCCAAAUUGUGCCAAUGCCACUUUCGAAGACAAAUAUUAAAUAUGCUUUUGCUUUGCAAGCCCCGUAAUCAACUCCAGAAUUAGGAAAUAUUUUGGACGUAAUCAAAAUUUGAACUUAGAUAGCUGUAAUAAUAAUAGUCUUCAAAAAAUAAUAAGUUGGAUCAAAUUAGUUAAGGAAAAGUGAAAUUAGGUACAUUAAAUGCAUUUCUUCUAGAUCUAAUUCUUUCUUUCUUCUCAUUGUUAUGUCAACAAAAGAAAACCAGUAUUAGCAACAUCACACUCCAAACAAAUUUAUCUUGGAGUUUCAGUUAUCAGAUGAAAAAAAAAAAAAAAAAAAAAAAAAAUAUUAAUCUCUCCUUCCCCGAACUUCACAACAGCUUAAGGGCCGAAAAUAUGGUUGUGGCUUAUGUCAGACAAACUAUUGUUGUUUGUAUGGUGCGAUUCCCUAGCCUGCGGUUGUUUGAAAGUGACAUACAGGAAUUUCAUUUAGUCAGCAGAAAAAUCACUUUUAUGAGACUUUUUUUCUGGAUUUUCCAUUCCAUAAUUUUGUAAAAAAAAAAAAAAAAAAAAAAAAAGGCUGGUGGUUCAGACAUUGAAUCAUUCCGGAUAUUGAAUGCUCGGAUAUCGGAUAUUUAUAACGAAACUUGAAAAUGUCAUUGAAUUAACACUUGUGUAAAGAUUACAGUUGGAACUUUUUGUGUUUAUCGUGCAGAUGCCAUCUGUCACUGCUGCACAGAGUUUUGUCUUCAUUCUUGUAUUUUUGAGACUUUUGUUGUGCUGAUGGUUUGUGAUAGCAGCUUUUCUUUCAUUGUGCUAUAAAGAACUUUUAGACAGGGCCUAGUUUAUCUGCAACUAGUUAAUUGGGAAUUGACUGUCAUUCAAAAAAUAUAUUGAGAUAAAAAAAAAUGUGUGUUUUAAAAUACAAUUACAGGUGAAAUUUUAGAAUAUGUGAUUUUCUUUUAAGUGUGUAAAAAAUUAUAAUUAAAAAUUAACUAAAGUAUUUGAAAGCUUGUUCACUAUUAUAACAGCAUUUCUGAUUGUGUAAACAAAUGUUUUCAUAAUCACUCUUAAGGUCCCAAUCGCAUUAUAUUUCGGCUACGUCGGACUUUAUGUCGAAAGGGACAAUUCUCAGAACCCGCACAUUUCCAGGAAACCCAUGUAGCUAGGUUACCAUUUUCACUUACUACAAAGACUUGAAUGUCAAACAGUAAUUGGUUAUCGCUCAGAUUCGGAUCAUGUGAUCCUUCAGAACCAGAACUUUUGUCUGAUUGCUUGAUCUUUAAGUGGGACAAAGCUCCAAGCCGAAACAUUUCCCGCGAAGUUUAAAAAAAUCCCGCAUAGCAGGUACAUCGUUUCUGUAGCUAGGCGGGACCUUUGCUUCAACCGAAGCUCUUUCUAGAAAUCUUCCUAUUUUACACCAGUGCUAUCAGAAUCUCGUUUUUCAGAAUAGUUCCGUCUAGUAGGGACUGUCACUAGAUGUGAUAACCUCUGGACUCUUUUAAAUGAAAUAAAAGUUCAGUUCAUUU